AUGACCUAUCUUACUCGGAGGUUUCAUAAGAUAAUCAAGAAAAAUGGUGGAUUCACCAAGACUGGAAGCUCUAGAAGAAACUUCAGAGGAAACGAUAACUGCUGUCACAAAUGUGGAAAACCUGGCCACUUCAUGAAGGAUUGUCCUCAAAACAAGAGAUUCAAAAGAAAAGAAGUUACUGAUGAGUUGGUGGAGCAAGCGCUUGCUGCAUGGGGAAAUUCCUCUAGUGAAUUUGAAGAUGAAAAUGAUCAAGGGGACACAUCAAUGAUGGCCAAUGAAGAUGAAGCAACUAAAAAUGAGUUAAUAAAUAUGCUCAUAGCUGAAUCUAACACAGAUGAUGAGGAUAAGGAGAGAAACUUUCUUGACAUAAAGAAAAACUUGAAAGUUUACUCUCAAAAGAAGCUGAUAUCACUAUCAAGCGUGUUAAUUGAUGCGUAUCACGUUCGUUCCACCGAGAAGGGUGUUGCCCUAAUCAAGUAA